UCGCGUUCGGUAGGGAAAAUAAUGAUUGUGCAGCACAGUCCCUCUCCCUGUCCCUGUUUCGCGCGGGGAGUGACUUGGCGCUUAUAUUGUUUUUCCUAAAACGGAAAUAUUUUGGAAUGCAACUUACUACAACCGCCGUGCGAUUUACGCGUGUCCUCUCCGGGCGAUGCCAUCACCACCACGCCUCGUCCCUCGUCCCUCAUCAGAUACUGUCUGUCAAUUCCAUCAAUCAACCAAAGCCAAUCAAUUCGAGGCAAUUCUCAAUUGUGAAUCAGUUAGCCAAUCAAGUAACGAUUCCAUCAAUCUCCGGUAGGAUUCCAGAUCUGUGACUAGCGCCCAAAAUGGGGUGUUCAUGGCUGACUUCGUGGCGCAUGUUCCGCUGAGUCAGCAGUCCAGCUCGGCUUCCGUACUGGCUACGACGGAUCGCCCCCCGCGCACGCGCAUCGCUUCUCCAACCCGCUAGCGACCCUGAGCCCUUACACACAUCCUUUUCACGGAUAGGGUUGUGGUUGUUCACCAUCGUGCUGUCUUCUCCUUCUCUCCGGGCUCUCCCCUCUCUCCCUCCCUCCCUCCUUCCAUCCCUUCCGCCUUCCAUCCCUCCCUUUCUUCCGCCCUCCCCAUUUUCUCUCUUACCUACGCUCGGCGAAACCUGCAUGGCGAGAAUUUGUCCUCGACGGCGCCAACAUCGAUAACCGUAAUCAACGGCUGGGAGAUUGCCCACGUGUGUGGACACGCUAUAUAAUACUUCAUAUUCAUAUCGUGGUAGAGUUCACAAGAGCAGUGGGUUGGUGCUCGCUAUGACACCGGGAGGAAACCUAUUCCCUACCGAAGAGGACAGGGCCAAAGACUGGAGGUAUGGGAGGGGUCGGUCGACCGUUGGGUGGGUGAUUGAGCCGAUAGCAAUAUUCACGUGAGCGACGGGGCAGGCGACGGUUGCGCGACAUGUGUGUGAUCGGUAACUGUCCGCGGGGGUGCACAUCGCCGGACAUAGCACAGCUAGGGUGUGCUGGGGACUUAGCAUUUAUCGCGACACAGCGUAGGUUGGUAGAGGGAGGUGGGGUUGCGGACGGAGAUCGACCUCCUUCCUUUAGGUAGCAAGGAAACGUCUCGAAAGGUUCAGAAUCAUCAGUCGCUGUGCAGUAGACGAUCGCGCGAGGGAGAGAGAGAGAGAGAGAGAGAGAGAGAGAGAGAGAGAGAGAGAGAGAGAGAGAGAGAGAGAGAGAAAGAGAGAGAGAGAGAGAUGGAGGGGAUGAUGGCUCGGAGGGCAGAUAGCUGUCCUGGGGGUUUGCCAGAAAUCGCAAAAAGGUUGUCCGCUCCGAACUUGAACAAGGAGAGUAUUCUCCAGAAUUUAAAGGCUGCCAACACCAUGUUGAUGGACAUCCCACAGAGUGCAAGCCAAGCUGCUUCAGCCGGGGUGAACGCUUGUGCGGCAGCACUUGCCCAACGACAGCUCCUUCAUCAUAGAGACAAGGAGGUCCGACUCUUCGUUGCGUCGUGCUUGAGCGACAUACUACGUGUGUCAGCACCGGAGGCACCUUAUGAAGAUACAGUCCUAAAGGAUAUAUUCAGCCUCAUGGUGAGCAUCUUUCAUGGGCUGGAUGAUCUACAGAGCCCGCUUUUCAGUCGACGCGUCAGCAUACUAGAGAGCAUGGCAACAGUGAGAAUAUGUGUUGUAAUGCUUGACUUAGACUGUGACGACCUUAUAUUGGAGCUCUUCACCAGUUUCUUUGAUACCAUCAGUCCUGAGCAUCCUCGGACAGUGGCGAAGUCUAUGGUGGGGGUGAUGACUAUUCUCCUCGAAGACAGGGAUGAAAUUCCCCAGCAGCUACUGGAUUCUAUUUUAUGCAGUCUUCUCAAGAGAAAGCGGGAGGAGUCUCCAGCAGCAUACAGUCUUGCUCAGCAGCUUUUGCAGAGUUGUGCAGAUGUUCUGCAGCCGUAUGUCCAGAGAUUUCUUUUGUCAGUGAUUGUUGAUGGAAGGGGUGGUGAAAGUGAGCUAGUGGAACAUUACCACGAGCUCAUUUAUGAGAUCUAUCAAGUUGCGCCACAGGUGCUGAUCACAGUGUUGCCGAGCUUGGCCCAGGAGCUGGAGGUUAAUCAAGUUGAUAAGCGCCUAAAGACAAUCCGACUCUUAGCUAGGCUUUUUUCAAUACCGGGAAAGAACACAGCAAAUGAGUAUCAGCAACUCUUCACGGACUUUCUUAAGAGGAUGAACGACAAAGACCUUGAAGUGCGCCUUGAGAUGGCAAAGCUGGCAAAGUCUGUGCUUCCGUGUCUUCCAAGUAACUCGGCGGAGUCGAAGGAACUGUUGGAAGAACUUAUUUCAAGAGUGAUGGAUUAUGAUUAUGAAGCCCGUUCCAUGGCGGUGAAGAUGAUGUGUGAACUUGCAAUUGCAAAGCCAAGGCUUAUUCCCUGUGACAAGCUACAGAAUGUUUCUGAUCGGUUAAGGGAUAAGAAGGUGUCUGUCAGAAAGGAAGCCCUGAAGAGCUUUACUGAGUUGUAUGCCAGCCACUGCUUGAGAAGCUUCGAGGGUAAAGGCCUACCUGAUGAGCAGUUUGAGUGGAUACCUGGGAGAAUAAUCAAGUGUUACUAUGACAGGGACCUGAGGUUGGAGACUACGCAAGUACUGCUUGAUGAGCAGCUGUUUCCACCACAACUUCCUGUAGAAGAAAGAGCAAAGCAUUGGGUAUCAAUGUUUGCAGCAUUUGAUGAAAUGAGUCGGAAAGCAUUUGAUGUACUCCUUGUAAUGAAGCAGAGGCUGCAGCAAGAGCUUCAGGCCUAUCUUGAUCUGAGACAACAACAGAAGGAUGAUCAAUCAACAGAUAUGCGGAAUAAAGUCAACACAUCGUUGCAGAGGAUACUUGGUCUUUCUGUGGAUCCUUCGAAGGGGAUGGAACACUUGCAAAAGUUGCAUCAAAUUAAAGAUAACAGGGUGUUUAAACUGCUUGGGAGUUUGCUUGACCACAACACAACUGUUGCAGAAGCAAAGACAAUCAAGGAAGAAUUGCUGAAGCGUCUGGGAGAGAAACACCCGCAGCGAGAGUUCCUGAGGACGCUUGCAUCAAGAGUCUCCUACACGAUGUUUGGUAAAGAACAUGUCAAUGCAAUCUUCAAGGCUGUGAAGGAUUGCGAGUUUGAAAAGAACCGAGAAUUGCUGUCAGGCGCAAUGCAACUGCUAGUGGAAAUUGCAGGGCAUUUCCCACAGCUUCUGGAGCAAACUGAGCAGGAUGUUUUUACUCUAUUGAAGGAGGAUGAUGAAAUACUCAAGGAUGGUGCGGCACACAUACUUGCGAAGGCAGGCAGUCAUAUGGGGGAACUAAGUGAAGUCAAGAGUCAAGUGGAAUCGGUAUUGAUGAAGCUGUGCACGGAAGGGACAAGGAAGCAGGCCAAACACUCUGUUUCUGCAAUUGCAGCGUUGACUGGCGAAGGAGGCUUGAUGGUCAUGUCAUUGCUAUACGACAGGCUACUUUCUUCACUCCUUAGUUCCGGCGAUGACGCAGAGGAAGAGCUUCCAACCAUUAUGCAAUCGCUCGGUUCGCUCGCGCAAUGGGCAAUGCCUGUCUUCGAGACACGUGAAAAUGAUAUAAUCCGAUUUGUUGUCAAAGACUUGCUUCGCCGAAACAGUUCUCAGAAGAAGAAGAGGGGUGAUUGGGAGAAUCCAAGUAAAGAGUGCAAGCUUAAGGUCUAUGGGCUGAAGAUGCUUGUGAAGAGUUUUCUGCCAUUGCGAGAUUGCCCUCCACGGCCAAAGCUGAAGGGUUUGCUUUCAGUAUUGGCUAGGCUGGUGGAGUGUGGGGAGAUCAGUCCUGAAGUGGAAUCAAGUGAGAUGGACAAAGCACACAUUCGGCUUGCAGCAGCGAAAGCGGUCGUUAGGUUGGCGAAGAGAUACGACACACAGAUUUCUUCAACUCUUUUCCGGUUAACUAUUACAACUGUGCAGGACUCUUGCUUCCAGGUGAGGAAGGAGCUAAGUCAGAAAAUUCACAUGAUGCUGCACGAUCGUGCUAUUCCUCAUCGAUUUGCGUGCGCAUUUGCACUAGCGGUUGUUGACGUCGACAAAGAGCAAGUUACUGAGGUGAAGAAGUAUAUGACUGAUUUUGUGGACAAUUGUAGAAGAGAGGCAAGACUUCGGCUAGCACAAUUGAGUGAGAAGACCGCUGGAACUACGUUGAAGCUGCAGCCGGAGUAUGUGUUGGUGCACCUUGUGCAUGUGCUUGCACAUCAUCCAGACUUUCCCAGAGGCCCUGAUAGAGACAAUCCAACAGUGUAUGAUCCAUUUCAAAUGCAAUUGGCAUUCUUCCUGAGGGUGCUGCUACUCUCUGAUGGGGAGAAAACGGAUGUUGUAAAGAAGGGGGACGAUGCAGACAACCUUCCGGCCAUUGCUGCGAUCUUCAGAUCGAUCAAAGAGACAGAAGACACUCUAGAGCCCCCAAAAAGUGAGAAUGUGUAUGCUUUAUGUGACAUAGGACUUCAAAUUAUGAGAGAGUUGGGAGUGAAAAAGCUGUGGAAUACGGAGCCGUUCCCUGGAGAGAUCCCAUUGCCACAAACACUGUACAAAGUACCUCAAGAUGCAGCCCAGCAACCACGAAAGGUUGAUGGAAGUCAUUUUCCAAAAUGUCUUCUCGAAAGAGAAGGCGGCAUAAAAGGAAAGACAGCAAGGCUGGGAGCUCCAGUUAGUAAAGCAGGACAGCAGAAUAGGAAAAGGCGAGAGGAGAAGUGUGAGAGUGGUGAUAAUGGGUCAGAGAAUGGUGAGAUGAGGGAGAAGGGCAAUGGUGGGGAAGUGCAGGGUGGCGCAGAGCAUCCCCUUCCGAAACGUGCACGCUUGGACGAGAAACGGGAAGGCCAAGAAAUCGCCGAGAAGGAGGUGGAUGAGCGGCGAAGUGGAGAUGCAGCAGACCAGGCUGGGGCGGGCCAAACGCCAAAGGCAUCGAAACGGAAACGAAUGGAGCAAGCGUCACCAGGCGCUACAGAUGAUGAGGACAGAGUGGGAGAGAAACCGGCAGAGGAGCAGAGUAAGAAAGUUGGUUCUAUCCAAGAUGACGAAGCGAAGCAUGAAGGAGCCAAAAGGAAGAGAGAAAGUCCUCAGUUUCAGCCAGAGAAAAGAUCUACGCCACCUCAGAAGACGCCUGGUGGGAAGGAGUAUGGCGAAGAGCUGGUUGGGCGACGCGUCAAAGUGUGGUGGCCGCAAGACAAACAGUUCUACACGGGGCAAGUGAUGUCAUACAAUCCUACCACAAAGAAACAUGAGGUGGCAUAUGAUGAUGGAGAUAGCGAACUACUAAAGAUGGACAAGCAGAGGUUCGCAUUGCUUGACGUCAACCCAAGCAAGCUACAAGUUUCUCCGAAGAAUGGAGAGAGCGAAAUGGCCUCCAGGGUGUCAGCAGAAGCAGGAACACCUUUGCCUCCAGCAGCGGCCGUGGGGAGCGGGAAGGGCUCUUCCCAGCAAGAAGAGCAGCAGAAUGUGGGCCAGGGCUCGGACCAGACUGGCUCCAGUCAUGAGGCAGCAGCGGGGAAAAAGAUUGGACGACAGGGCAGACAGGCAACUGGCAGCUCAACACCUCCAAAAGUACCGGAGCCAGUCAAAGCACUUCCAAAAGAGUCUACCCAAGCCAAUGAGCCCACUGUAGUGAGCCCUUCGAGCAAAGUGGGAAGCCACACAUCUGUGGCAAAUGGAAAGCCUGGUUCAGUGCCUAGACGGAUGUCGAGAGGAGUUCCAACUCCACAGCAGGAGCCUACCUUGAACGGGGAGGAGUCCAAAGUCCCAGCUGAUAUUCUUGCUGCAGUGGGAUCAGAUGAACCGGACAGUGAUGAGAGUGAUGAUAUGGACCUUGUUAGACCAGACACUGUUGAAGGCUCUGUGGGCGCAGUGACGGGCUCCGGAAAACGGAGUGGUGGCGAGGAUAAAUUCACAGCAAAGGGAGGUCGAGCUGGACGGGGCAGGGGAGGGAAGGGAGGUAGAGGAAGAGGAGGGAGAGGUGGAAGGGGAGGAGGGGGUGUCAAUGAGCGUGGUGGAGGCACAAGACGCACAGGCGCUGACAGGCCAAACACUAGACAAGAGAAGAGAAAAGGCAACAGCAGGGAUGCUGCAAGGGCAGAAGAAGGUAGUGAAGAUUCAUCGUCAUCCAGUGAUGAUGAUGAUUUUGAGAACGAAGACGAGCCACUGGAAGCAGUGCGAUCAAGGAAGCGGAAGAUGGCGUAAGUCGUAAGCCCCGCGAGGACAGCAGGGAGGAGGAAGAGAAAGAGAAUUGAAUAUCGAUGUCUGCUUUGUGAUACGGAUCAAGGGAUUUUGGAAAACGGUCAGUUUGCGAAUGUACCCCCUGACCUUGGGGAAACAUAGGUUAUGCCCAAAGUUAUAAGAGAUAUUGUCCACAUAAACAGUUAUGGGAUCUAUGGAUUGUUUGAACAGUUCCAUUCUUUCCAAACGGAGGAGAACGGCUGGAACAUUGCUAAGCGGGAGUGAAAAAUACGAAAAAUAAAAAAGGAAGCGAUAGAGAAUGGCGUCUGUGAUCCUCUUCCGCUUACGUCCAUCUUGAGUGGAACGCGGGUCUGUAUUUCUACAGUCCAUCGGUGUAGCAACUGAGAUAGGCCCAUUGGUUUGGCAUCUGUGAUCCUAAGGUUUUCCUUACUUAGCCUUACACCGAGAGGUAUGUGUCAGUCAGUACUUUCUCAGCCUUGGACCUCGUCCGUGCACUACGCACGGAAUCGAACCGGCACCCUUGGGCCUCAGCUACAAGAGGGAAAUUCAGCAAGAGGUACCUGGCUGCAGCAUAUUGCUAAUACUUUAGGUUUACUUCUGGUAUUAGGUCUUGGUCCAUGAAGGGAUGGAUUGAUGAAGUGGAAGAAAGAGAAGAGGCUUGAGCAGAGCGACACUCCUUUUCCGGUAUGUCGACCAUCCAUGCACACUGCUGCUCUUUGUCAAUAUGCUGUGUGCUAAUCACAGAUUUUCGACAAGAGCAGCACCACAAAGAUUGUUCACAUACAUCGCUCUGUGGCAGCAACAUGUUGUUAAGGGGCCAUUCCUUUGUGGCAAUGGCUUGAGGUUGGCUUUCAUGUA